AUGUCUCACUAGCCCGCCAAUAUCCGACAUCAUUUCUUAUAUUCCGCAAUCAGAUUGGAUGUCCAUGCAGAUAAAUCCCUGAAACAAUCGACCCACAACCGUGUGUGUUAAUUAGUAAAUGCUUUCUCUGAUCCCAGUCCGCGGCGGAUACAUAGUUACAUGAAGGCUUGACGGAAAGAAAUUUGAUGAACUUGAGAGUUAACUGAGGAGUGGUAUUGAUCUGACCCUUCAUUUAGAUCCAUGUUUUCGUUAGACACGGUAGUCGGAAUGCUCCGGUGUUCUCUGGUCCUCAUUUUUCUGGUACCCCCCGGGAAUACUUCCGGCUUUCCUUGCUAUGGCUGCUCCCGAGACGUGUGGAGAAGAAAUCCUCAGAAGCGACAACCGCUGGUCCGUGAAUGCACAACUCCCUGUGGGUGUCCUGUCCGGAAAUUAUCCUGUAACUAUGGUGUCAGUUACCUUAGAGACGGCUGUGACUGUUGUAUGAUGUGCGCUCGUCAACUGGGAGACAUAUGCAGCAAGAAAAACCUAUGUGAACCCACCAGGAGUCUGUACUGUGACAUACCGAGAUACUCCACCAUAGGAGUGUGUAGAGCAUUGCACCCAAAGCCGUGUAAUGUCAAUGGAAUAGAAUACAAAGAUGGCGCCCAAUUCCAGUUGGGUUGUAGGAGAACGUGCACCUGUCAAAAUGGUAACUAUGGUUGUGCCGAUCUUUGUCCCCAGGAACACAUCCCUCCCUCGGACAGAUUCUGCAAGAAUGCCAAGCUGGUCACCGUCAACGGUGCGUGCUGCAAAGAGUGGUCAUGUGACUUAACAAACGUUACCAACAAAUCACCAAGGCAUGCCAUGUUGAAAAGCGCUAACCUGAUCAUCAUGUCCGAAGAACCCAUGAAAGAAGUAAAUCCAAAGAAGAAAGAACCUGAAUGCUCUAAGGAAUGGUCUCCGUGCUCUGUGUCGUGUGGCUAUGGUCUGUCACAUAGGUACGGAUCAGAGACGUGUGACGUCAUCAAUGAUACCCGGAUCUGUUACCCUAGACCCUGCGACACAUCAAAGACAAGAUCGAAAAAGAAGAAGUGCAAACCAACAUUUCGGAUAACAAAGAAAGAGCACAUUGUUCAGGAAGAAGGCGAUAAAAUUUGUAAAAGUGUACGGAAGUAUAGACUGAAAUUUUGCAGCACAUGCGCACGAAACCAGUGCUGUUACCCGUGGAAAACCAGCACACGUUUGCUGGAGUUUAAAUGCAGUGACGACAGUUAUAAAUAUUUGAAGUAUUCAUGGACCAAAAGAUGUAAAUGUGCAGAGGAGUGUCCGAAACCAACAUUCCUGAAAUAGUGAAAUUCGGAAUUGCAUCUGGAAAGUGCAAAGUUCUUCAUUUUCUAAUCUGACAACGAAAUGUCUAUUUUUAUAUUUUUGUAUGUACAUAUUUUAACUGUUUAUCUUUAUUUAACCUGUGUGUCUUUGUAUAUGUAUUCACUAUGAACUGCAUGUUUUCUCUAUUACUGUAAUCUGAUCGGGUUUCUUCAUUGUGCAAUUUAGAUUUGGUUGUUAUAAUUAAUUUUCAUUUCAGUUUAUUGUAAAACCAGAAGUUUCAAUAUAUCGGGUUUAAUUGAUUUGUAUCCCCGAAAUUACUGAUGCUGCUGCAAGUAGUUGCUAGGGACACUUUGUAAACUGAUGGUGGAACGGAAUAUGAAAUCUAUAAAUACUGCAAGGUUAUAUAAAUACACAUACCGACUGUUAAGCCAUUCUUGGCACACUGAUUUUGACUGCGGAUAACUCCGUUUACCUGAUCAGGAUAUAGGGUUCACGGCGGGUGUGACCGGUCAACAGGGGAUGCUUACGCCUCAUAGGCACCUGAUCCCACCUUUGGUGUGUCCAGGGGUCCGUGUUUGCCCAACUAUCUAUUUUGUAUUGCUAGUAGGAGUUAUGAGAUUGAUCACUGUUCGUUAUCUUCACCUUGCAUUUUGAGUAAUGGACAUACAAUGGCAAAGUGUUUAUGUUACGUUGACAAAUAUUAAAACGUUGAAAUAUUGCUAUACAAAA